AUGGGAAGGGACAAAUGGGACGAAACGGGUUGUGAGAAUGAAACAAUUUCACAGCGUAGGGCAGAUCUACCCAACGAAAUCACUAUCACUAUUCUCGCAAAAUUAGCAGUGAAAUCCCUUUUAAGAUUCAAGAUUGUUUCAAAGCAAUGGCAUUCUUGGAUUUCACAUCCCGAACCCGAGCUCUCAAAACAACGACAAGGAAGAGCAGAAGCGAUUUUGAAUGAUGGAGGCGCAUUGGAAAGCCGUAUUUACAAGAAUAAGUAUUUAGAGCCAUGUCUAAGAUUGUUGGGUUCUUGUAAUGGUCUCGUACUCAUAAUAAGCGAAAACAAGCAUAUUUUCUUGUGGAAUCCUGCUACUCGAUUUUCCAACAAAGUGAUUGAACUCUACCUAUUGAUAAGCGAUGAACAUGUUAUAAGUGCUGGGGGACUUUGUUUCGACUUCUCCAAGAAUGAAUACAAGGUACUUCUCUACGUAUACAAUAAGUCCGUCUAUGCUAGUGAUGGUGCUUAUGCUUUGGUUGCAAGUCUUAAAGACAAAAAGUGGAGACGCAUCGAAAUCCCCUAUGAUAUGUUCUCGGCCCGUGAUGGGAUCAAAAUGCAUGGACGGCUUCACUCUAGGACAAAUCUCGAAGAUAACUAUUUUGACAUGCAUGAGAGUUUAGUCGGAAGAAAUAGACUUAGUCCCGAUUGGCGUAGCAUGGAUGACGAUGAUGAACCGGGGGAUGAAGAUGCAGAUACAAAGUGGAAAUAUUUCUGA